CCACUGAAUAACAUCUGAUUUAAGAGGAAAAUGGAGAUAAGUCUGUUGUUUCAGAGCCUGAAACCUGAGCAAAUAAAAGGUACAAAACCGACUGUUCAUCAGAGACACGGAUAAUCGACAAAAUAAGAAGUUAAAUGUGUUUUUAUUCUUUUGUUUUCGCGGGAAAUACGAGCCUAUGUUCCCGUGUUGUUUGAUAAUUCAACACCUUAUUUUACGCUUAAAACAAUUGUGUACUUUUUAUUUCGAAUCCCUUAAAAUACAAGUGAUGCCUCCAAAUGUUGAGUAAAAUGAACGUGAUGUUAAAAAUUAUUAUUUGGGCGCAAAUUUCCGAUUACAGACAAUAACAACAGCAGUUGGCGCCAGCGGGAAACAACCCGGAAACGCUAUAGUUGAUCGUUCCAGAUAUUUUAAUGUCAUUAUGAAUAAAACAGGCAUUUAUACUGUUUAAUAACAGCUUUGCGUUCAGCUCUGCACAGCCAGAUAUUAACUAUACAAACUAAAAUAUAAAGAUAAAAACGUGCCUACAAGAAAACUUUAAAAUGUAAGUUGAUUUACAUUAAAAAAUAAAGACAAAGCUGAAAACUCUUCGUUGUUACUGAACUUUCUAAAUUGUGUACUAUUCUGUCUUAUAGUUCUUCUUGCAUGUUGUAGAACUACAGUUUCAGAGGUGGAAGUCACUAAGUACAUUUACUCAGGUAUUGUACUUAAAUAAACAUUGGAGGUAAGAGUACUUUACCGGAGUGUUUCUGUGAUACAUUACCUUGUACUACUUAAAAGGUUUACAUAUUUCCUUUUCUUUAAAGGAAAUUAUAAAUGGGUUGUUUUAACCUGGUAGUUUAACUUAUAAACAGUCGUCUAAAUUAAACAGGCUUAUUACACUGUUGCAGUUUCGACACGACUUAUAGCUUCAUGGCAGUAUUUUAUAAUCACCGUUUAAAGGUUUUUAACGUAAAACUAAGACGUGUUUCAGUCGGAAUCAGACAGGUUGUGUAACAUCGUUUUUCAGGCAGUUUUGUAACCUCAACAAAGACGUUUUGAUUCCCGGCAGCUGCUCUGUCAGCACGUGAUCUCUACUCGCCACCCCAUUGGCCCCGUGUCAGCGUCAGUUUAAAGAGCCAACACGAGCGGCUUUCCUAUUGGCCGGCUGCGUUCUGGCGCCAUUAUUUGACUAUAAAGUGGAGCGGAGAGCAGCAGGAGCCGCUCAGUCUCUCUCAGCUGCUUUUAACUUUUAUCUCCGUAACUUAUUUCAUUUUAAUCAGUAAAAUGCUUUCUCCUCGCGCUCCUCUCUCCGGGAAGAAUCGGAACUCUCUCAGCAGUGAGGUUAACAAGAUGUCCCUGGACAAAGAAAACACGCCUCCGAGCCUGAACAGCACGCGCAUCCUAGCGUCUAAAACCGCGCGGAAAAUCUUCUCCGAUUCUGAGCCCAAAGCCGUGAAGAAGAGUAGCGAGGAAGAGGAGCCGCUGCUGAAGGAGAAUCCUCGCCGCUUCGUCAUCUUCCCCAUCCAGUACCACGACAUCUGGCAGAUGUACAAGAAGGCCGAGGCGUCUUUCUGGACGGCGGAGGAGGUGGAUCUGUCCAAAGACGUGCAGCACUGGGAGUCUCUGAAGGACGACGAGAGGUUCUUCAUCUCUCACGUGCUGGCCUUCUUCGCCGCCAGCGACGGCAUCGUCAACGAGAACUUGGUGGAGCGCUUCACACAGGAAGUGCAGGUGACGGAGGCCAGGUGUUUCUAUGGUUUCCAGAUCGCCAUGGAGAACAUCCACUCAGAGAUGUACAGCCUCCUCAUCAACACUUACAUCAAGGAGCCCACCGAGAGAGAGUACCUGUUUAACGCAGUGGAGACGCUGCCCUGUGUGAAGAGGAAGGCUGACUGGGCCAUCCACUGGAUCGGGAACAAGAGCGCCAACUUCGGAGAGCGCGUGGUGGCCUUCGCCGCCGUGGAGGGGAUCUUCUUCUCAGGUUCCUUCGCUGCCAUCUUCUGGCUGAAGAAGAGGGGCCUGAUGCCCGGCCUGACCUUCUCCAACGAGCUCAUCAGCCGGGACGAGGGUCUGCACUGUGACUUUGCCUGUCUGAUGUUCAAACACCUGCUGAACAAACCUUCUGAGGAGACCGUCAGUGACAUCAUCAGGGACGCCGUGGCCAUCGAGCAGGAGUUCCUGACGGAGGCUCUGCCCGUCAAGCUGAUUGGGAUGAACUGCGACCUGAUGAAGCAGUACAUCGAGUUUGUGGCCGACCGACUGAUGCUGGAGCUCGGCUUCACCAAGAUCUACCGCGCGGAGAACCCCUUCGACUUCAUGGAGAACAUCUCCCUGGAGGGCAAGACCAACUUCUUCGAGAAGCGCGUGGGCGAGUACCAGAGGAUGGGCGUGAUGUCGGGAACCAGCGACAACACCUUCAGGCUGGACGCAGACUUCUGAGAGACCGGCCCCCAUCAGGAGGCUCUGGGGUGGGGGGGGGCGCUCCAGGAUUUAACGUGGAUCUCCACUGUCUGAUGGGACACUAGAGGAGGCUCUGCAGGAGCAUGGACUGUGGGGACCUGAGGGGGUUCAAUGCGGGCUCUGGGAGGAGGAGCAGAACUUUUAACUUUUUAUAGAAGCUGCUAUAUUAGUAGUUUUAUAUACGGACCUGAUGUGUUUUAGUUAGGUUUUGUACAGAUUUGUAAUAAAAAUGAAAUGCAAUGCCC